CAGGUUAGAAAGAGAAGCCCGGUCGGUUGCUGCGAGAAGCACACGGUGGCUUGCUUGGGCCUCCAAUCCAUCAGCCAUCAUCAUCACCUACCUACCUCUCCAAUCACGAUCUCAAUCAAAUAUCCAACCAGAGAGCUGCCUGGCUGGCUGACAAGGCAUGGACCCCGCCGCCGAUCCCCUCCUGCUCCCACCCCCAGCCAAGCAGCAGGAGCCUCCUCUCGCCGGCGUCUCCGACUACCGCGGCCGCCCCGUGUGCAGGGGGAACUCGGGGGGAUGGAGAUCCGCGCUCUUCGUAGCGGCCGUUGAGAUCGCCGGCAGCUUCGCCUACUUCGGCAUCUCCGCCAACCUGAUCACCUACCUGACGGGCCCCCUGGGGCAGUCCAACGCCUCCGCCGCCGCCUCCGUCAACGCCUGGUCGGGGACGGCCAGCCUCAUGCCCCUGCUCGGCGCCUUCCUCGCCGACGCCUACCUGGGACGAUACAAAUCCAUCAUCAUCGCAUGCUCCCUCUACGUCCUGGGGUAUGGCAUGCUGACUCUGUCGGCCACGCUUCCGGCGCUGCGGCCGGCGCACUUCUUCUACGUGUCCCUCUACCUCAUCGCCGUGGCGCAGGGCGCCGACAAGCCCUGCGGCCUGGCCUUCGCCGCCGACCAGUUCGACGCCGCCCACCCCGAGGAGCGCGCCUCCCGGGGAUCACUCUUCAACUGGUGGUUCUUCUGCAUGGCCGUCGGCAUCUCCGUCGCCGUCUCGGCGGUGGGCUACAUCCAGGAGUCGGUCGGCUGGGGCGUUGGCUUCGGCGUGCCCUGCGCCAUAGUGCUCUGCGCCUUCACCGUCUUCCUGCUGGGCACCCCAACCUACCGCCUCUACAACUGCAAGCACCAGUCCUCCUCCGAGUCCCCCUUGCUCCGCUUGGCCCGCGGCCUCCGAGCACUACUAUUCCGACGAGGCAGAGGCAGAGGCAACCAUGCAGAAGCAGAGGACGCCCGGUGCGUGCUCCGCCUUCUCCCCAUCUGGGCCACCAGCCUCGCGUACGGCGUGGUGUACGCGCAGAUCAUGACGCUCUUCAACAAGCAGGGCCGCACCCUGGACCGCCGCAUCGGCCCAUUCGACCUGCCGCCCGCCGCGCUGCAGGCGCUCGGCCCCCUCAGCAUCCUCCUCUUCGUCCCCGUCUACGACCGCGCGCUCGUCCCCGCGCUCCGCUGGGCCACCGGCAACCCGCCCGGGCUCACCAUGCUGCAGCGCGUCGGCGCGGGCAUGGCCACGUCGCUCGCCGCGGUCUCCGUCGCCGCGCUCGUCGAGGCGCGACGCCUCGCCACGGCGCGGGACCACGGCCUCGUCGACGACCCGGCGGCCACCGUGCCCAUGACCUGGGCCUGGCUGGUGCCGCAGUACGCCAUGAUGGGGGUGGCCGACGUGCUCGCCGUCGUCGGCCUGCAGGAGCUCUUCUACGACCAGAUGCCCCACGGCCUCCGCAGCCUGGGCCUGGCGCUCUACCUCAGCGUCAUGGGCAUCGGCGGAUUCAUCAGCAGCAUGCUCAUCUCCCUCAUCGACGCCCUCACCGGCAGAAGUGGCCGCGACAGCUGGUUCGCCGACAACCUCAACCGCGCGCACCUCGACUACUUCUACUGGCUGCUGGCGGGGCUCAGCGCCGUCGAGCUCGGGCUCUACCUCGCAUUCGCGCGAUCCUACGUCUACAAGCCCCCCAGCACUUCUUCUUCUUCUUCUUCUUCUUCUUCUUCUUCUUCUUCUUCUGUCUAGCAAGCAUCAUCACUGUGUAUGUAUUCAGCUGCCACUAUAUUCUGUGGGAAAGAAAAGAAGGAUUAUUGGAGCUCUCAAGACAGGUUGCAGCUUGCAAAGCAGCAGCAGGCAGCCAAAGUUGCCUCUCUGUCUGACUGUCUGGAUGUACAUCUUUUUAUUGAUCCAUUUGUCCCUA